AUGGCAACGCUAGCGAUGCUACUCUUGCUCGCCCUGCUAUCCAAGACGUUCUCCUCUUCAGCUCAAGGCCAUGGCGUCGGGCGCUGGAUCAAUGCGCACGCCACCUUCUAUGGCGGCGCCGACGCUUCCGGCACGAUGGGUGGCGCGUGCGGGUACGGCGACCUGUACAGCCAGGGCUACGGCACGGCGACGACGGCGCUGUUCAGCGGCGGGCAGAGCUGCGGCGCGUGCUUCGAGCUGCGGUGCGCCGGCGGCGACCGUGGCUCGUACGCGCCAGGUCCGGGCGGCUUGUCAUCAUCCGUCGCGGUGACGGCCACCAACCUGUGCCCGCCCGACUACGCGCUCCCCAACGACGCCGGCGGGUGGCGCAACCCGCCGCUGCGGCACUUCGACCUGUCGCAGCCGGAGUUCCUCCGCAUCGCCACGUACCGCGAGGGCAUCGUGCCCGUCGCCUACCGCAGGGUGCCGUGCCGGAGGCGGGGCGGCAUCCGGUUCACCGUCAACGGCCACCCCUACUUCAACCUGGUGCUGGUCGCCAACGUGGGCGGCGCCGGCGACGUGCGCCUCGACGGCCAGCCGCUCUCGUUCAGGGUCACCACCAGCGACCGCCGCUCCGUCGUGUCCUACAACGCCGCGCCGGCCGGGUGGGCGUUCGGCCAGACAUUCACCGGCGCCCAGUUCCCGUAA